AAAAAAGGCUAAAUUGGCUAAAUGCUUGAAUGAAUAGUUAAUGUAUCACCGAUAAGUUAUUAUCUAUCAUCAACUGUCAUAAUUUUUGCAAUACUUCCGCUGGAUAUUUUAAUUUUUAAAAUAUCAAUCUUCACCUCAGGUGGAUAUGAAGACGUUAAUUAGUGAUUCCAGAGUGAGCUCAGUGCUAAAUAAGGAUGCCAAAAUGUAUGGGAAAAAGUAUUUGUUUGAUGGAAAUGAGGAAACUUGCUGGAGUUCUGAUCAGGGAUCACCACAAUGGAUCGCUGUCAUGUUUAAAGAUGAAUUCCUGUUGAACAAGUUAGUUAUACAGUUCCAAGGUGGGUUUUGUGGCAAAGAUUGUCAAAUAGAAAUCCAGAAAUCUGACGGCGAAGAGUGUGUUGUCAAGUUUUAUCCGGAAGAUGUAAAUACAAUUCAAGAGUUCCCUUUAGAACCAGUAACUGCAAAAAGAGUGAGAAUAGUAUUUACAAGUAGUACAGACUUUUUUGGACGAAUUGUUAUUUAUAGUUUGUUGUUUCUAUGAAAUAUAUAUACAGAA